AUGUCCAGACGAUACGACGGCCGCACGACCACCUUUUCCCCAGAAGGUCGCCUCUUCCAGGUGGAGUACGCAAUGGAGGCCAUUAAUAAUGCCGGAUCAGCCGUUGGAAUUCUUGCCAAGGACGGCAUUGUCAUUGCAGCGGAAAAGAAGACGGUGUCGAAGCUGCUGACGCCUAGUAAGACAAGUGAGAAGACUAUCAAGCUGGAUGACCACCUGAUCUGCGCCGUGGCCGGUUUGACUGCUGACGCCAAUAUCCUCGUGAACUACGCGCGUCUAUCGGCGCAGCGCUACGAGCUAGCGUACCAGGAGAAGGAGCCGUGCGAGCAGUUGGUACAGACCAUUUGCAACUACAAGCAGGCGUACACACAAUUUGGGGGUCAGCGUCCAUUUGGUGUGUCAUUUUUGUAUGCUGGAUGGGACCGCCACCAUGGCUUCCAGUUGUACCACAGCGACCCUAGUGGAAACUAUGGCGGAUGGAAGGCCACUGCUAUCGGUGCCAACAACCGCGCCGCUAAGAGCAUGCUCAAGAGUGAUUACGAGGAGGAUAUGACGGUGGAAGAGGCACUGACGUUCUCGGUGAAGGUUAUGAACAAGACCAUGGACGCGGCCACCCCCACAGCAGAGAAGCUUGAGUUCAUGACGGUCACGCAGAACGCCGAUGGAAAGAUCGUGCACCGCCAAUUGACGGAGAAGGAGACGAAAGAACUGCUGCAGAAGGCAGCUGCGGACACGGCUGCCUCAGGUGACAUGUAA